GUAGAAAAGUCAGAUUUUGAACACGCGAAGGUAUUUUUGUCCUUUCUGACCCAGUUGUGCAGUUUGCUAGACGAUAUUAAUUUACUGUAUCAGUCAUGGCAGAUGGUGAUAUGCCAGAAUUGGUGUGGCAACACCAAUAUCAGAAGAGAUGGUCGCCUUACACUGAAGAGCAAAAUAAAAUUCUUAACAAAGCGGCGAAUAAAUGGCAAAAAUCAGUCUCUUUGCCAAGUAAGGAUCCAAAGCAAACCAUCAUUGUUCACUUAGAUAAAAUGACGCAAGUCAAUAAAAUUUCUUCGGUAGAACAAAAAGUUCGUUGCUUGGUAUAUAGUGAUGGUUUCUAUUCUUGGCUUUGGGAAGAUGAUGAUGGCACCUGGAAGAGUUACAAGCCUCGAAUAGUAUGCUUUAUGGAGAUGGCUUACCAACGUAAAGAGAAAAAAUUCAAAUUUUAUGAUGAUGAGGCCGAUUACUAUGUUGAUUUGCAAACUUUUCGUCAAGUGAACGAGGAGACAAAUUUCAUCAGAAAUGUUAAAAGAGAGAAAGUUGUAAACGUAACUUCCGGGAUGUUUAAUUUAGCACUUCAUGAAAAAAAAUUUAAUGAAAUGUGUUCUGAUCCCUCUGUGAGCUUAAAGAAGCGCUGCAUUAAUUUGCCUUCUCUCUCCACAAUGCAUUCGAGCAUGGUGGCAACCAGUUCUGAGCAAAUUGAUAUCCCUCCUCCAGAAAUUGAUAAUGAAACUGACGAAGAGGAAUGCGAUUCUAUUUUACCCGGAGAUGCUGAAUGCGCUGAAGCGAAAGAUUAUCACAUUUACCAAGAAGACGGAACACCAUACUCGGCUAUUUUGAGUUAUGUGAGCACGUCGGAAAAUAAAAACAAAUUUCAUCUUAUUCAGCUUUUACAGCAUAAUAAAAAGAAAAAGUUCGCAGUUUGGCAGAGAUUUGGAAGAGUCGGAACAAAAGGACAAAGCGAGUUCGUAAACUUUAACACGGGUAUAUCAAAGGCAAAAGAUGAAUUCGAAGAUGAAUUUUACGAUAAAACUGGUAACCUUUGGCAAAAUAAGGAGACAUUUACUCACGUAGCUGGAAAGUAUGAUCUCCUGAAAUUAGAUUUGAAUCCUCAGAGUGACAUCGUUGUGGGAGAAAUUGAUCUAGAUCCUUCAAUCCAAUCUCUUUUAGAGUUGAUAUGCAAUAAGAAAAUAAUGGCAGUGAUAAUGAGUGAGAUGUGUUACGAUUCUACUAAUGCUCCUUUGGGACAACUGACAUUUCGACAAAUCAAAGAUGGAUACAGAGCGCUCAAUAAAAUCGCAGAAGCUCUGUCCUCUGAAGCUGCUGGACAUAAUCUUGUCAAUGCUUGCGAAGAAUUCUAUAUGAAAAUUCCUCAUAAUUUUGGAAAGAAAAGCCCUCCAAUCAUACAGUCCAAGGAAGAUAUCGAAAAGAAGUUGGAGAUGUUAAAGGCUUUGACCAACAUAAGAAUUGCCAUGAAAGUUCUUAAUAGAGGAGUGCAUGAACAUCCCCUUCAUAAAUGUUACGAUUCCUUUAAAUAUUCUCUAGAGUUGUUGGAUCCAUUUGAAGAGGAAUUUUCUGUUCUUAAAAAUUGUUUGCUACAAACUCAUGGACCUACUCAUAGUAAUUACAAAAUGGAUAUCAUUGCUGUUUAUUCAUGUCAUCCAAAAGCGAAUUCAUCGUUUAAAAAUUAUGGAAACAAUCUCCUCCUGUGGCAUGGCUCUCGAAUAACAAACUGGGUCGGAAUUUUAAAGAACGGCCUAAAAAUAGCACCAACCGAAGCCCCUUCAACUGGGAAUGCUUUUGGUAAAGGACUUUAUUUUGCUGAUAUAAGUAGCAAAAGUGCUAAUUACUGCUUUCCGACGAAGAAAAAUAAUGAAGGUCUUCUCUUACUUUGUGAGGUGUCUCUUGGAAAUCAACUUGGCUUGCUGGAAGGUGAUGAAACUUUACAUUAUUCAUUACCAGCAGAAUACAACAGUGUUUUUGGAAAAGGAAAGUUUGCUCCGAGAAAUUUUGACUAUGGAAUUUUAUCAUCAGAAGCGAAGAUGCCUUGUGGGCCGUUAAUAGAAGACUCAACUGGUGCUGAAAUUUUGGUGUAUAAUGAAUAUGUAGUGUAUGAUGUCAAUCAAGUCGAAAUGAAGUAUCUUCUUAGGAUCAAAUUUCACUUUAAAUAAUUUUCGUGUAAAUGGUUGCUCAUCGAGUCUAAUAUUGUAUCGUCUUUUUAAUAUUUAUGAAUUUUUUAACGAUGUAUUUUCGUUUGUUAACAUUUUCGGAUAGAACUUUGAAGAAUUUUUGAAGCAAAAUAUGCAACAAUUGUAGAGAUGGUGUAACUUAUUCCGAUGCAAGAUUUGCAAAACUGUAUUUUACUGAGAAUUUAUAGUUCAAAACUUGCUACUGAAUUUUAAUCAUGUUGUAUUUUUAGGAAAAAGGUCAUGUGUUUGAAGAUGAUUGCAAGACCGUCUUUUUAUGGAAAUAAUAGAUGCCUUCGCUUUUGUUUUUUACCGUAAAAAAAAGUACCCAACAAGAGUUUUCUUUUAUUUCAAGUUUUAAACUUUUUAUUCAAGUGCACUUAUUUAUUGAAUGUUUUCCCCAAACUGUUUUAUGAGAACAGUAUUUGUAAAUAAAAAUUAA